AUGGGACGAGCAACGAGAUGGUUCAAGAGAUUGUUUGGCACCAAGAAGAGCCUCGUUUCGGAUUCAGAGAAAGAACAGAACGAACAAGCAUUUGCUGUUGCGACCACAACAGCUACAACUGAAGAAGCAGCGGUUUCGGCAGCUAAAGCGGCUGAGUCAGUGGUUACAGGAGAUAUCAUCACGAGGGACGAGCGUUGGGCCGCUGUGAAAAUUCAAAAAGUCUUCAGGGGCUCUCUGGCGAGGAAAGCGUUACGUGCACUGAAAGGUAUAGUAAAGCUACAAGCUCUAGUGAGAGGAUACUUGGUUAGGAAACGCGCUGCUGUGAUGCUGCAUAACAUGCAAACUUUGGUUAGAGUCCAAACCGUUAUGCGGUCUAAACGCAAUCGCCGUCUCCACAAAGAGUACAACGACAUGUUUCAACCACGACAUUCCCUUGCUGAAGUAGCGGCCGGCGACGCAUUCAAGAGGAGAUCUAAGUCUAGAAAAAAGCACGAUGUUGAUUCAAUGUCUGAACAUGAAGACGGUUUUGCUUACCAAAGGAAUGAUUUGGAGUUGAAUCUACCCAAGGAGAAGUGGAAGUUUGCGAGGACGCCUAGAUUAUCAUCUUCAUUGCACAACCACUCGGCUAAUAAUCGUUACUACGUUAUGCAGUCUCCUGGGAAGAGUGUUUGUGGAAACGCUACGUGUGAGUAUGGAAUGAGUACUCCUGGCUACAUGGAGAAAACGCAGUCGUUUAAGGCGAAGGUGCGUUCGCAUAGCGCACCGCAUCAGCGAUCUGAGAGGAUAAGGUUGUCGCUAGAUGAGGUUAUAGCGUCAAGGAGUAGCGUUAGCGGCGAGAGUUUGCAGCAGCAGCUGCGCUAUUCUUGUUCCUAAUCCGCUCUGAUUUUUUAUUAUUGUUAUUUGGCUUUUCAUGAUUUUUAAAACGUUUUCUUCUACCCUGAAUUAUAAAAAAAAACCUUUUUUACUAUUCUAUUACAGUGAUUCAAAAUAAUACGUCAACACCUCUACAAUCGAUAAUUUAACAUGAUAUAAUCCAUGUGUAAAAGUACUAUUUGUAUACUACAAAUCAUCUCUCGAUCCCGGUUCUACUUGCACAAGGACACCUUAUAUUAACAAUACCCUCUCCACGUACGAUCAGUCUCAACCGUGGAUGCAUUAGUCUACUCAAAAUCCUCUGGCCAUAUCACGUCUCGAAGUCUAGAAAACAAUCCAUCUCUGUAGUAUAUAGCUGUUCUCGCCGUCGAAGUCAAUUUCUCAGGAUAUCGUUUUUGUUUUUGCUAACUUCAGUGAUAUCGUUUUAUAAUUCUGAUUCAACUUAACAAUCUGAUGGUUUAACUGGAUCCUACUCAAAUGACAUCUAUUCCAAGUUAGAUAAAAGAAACAAUCAGGUUCAGAAUCAAGACACAUGAGGAUAAGAUACAAAAAUGUAUAAUGACACUGAACCAGACCCAUUUAGGCAGGUCGUAACAGCAUAAAAUGUAUCACAGAACCAGUUUUACCACUGAGGUUUUGUGGAUGUAGUGAAAAAUAUGUAUUGGAAUACAAAAAUUAAUUUAAUAAAAAUAGUUAAAAAUGGUUGGGUCUUUUUCAUCCCGAUCUUUAUUUUAUAAGUCUCAAAACAUUUUUGAUUUUUCUAGCAAAUGUUUGCUGCUUCAACAAAACUUGCUGCUUACGGUGUCGUAGAUUGGAACAGACAACACUGCCAAUCAAAAGAACCAGACACAAUAUUAAGGACACACAAGAUCACUGCCUCUUUUUUAUACCUCUAUAAGUGAAAAACAAUAUAUUAAAUGUAUUAAGGAAAAGAGACAGAUGUUCUGCGAAGCAACCCAUUUUCAAAGGCUUUGAAAUUAUCUUGCUGGUGAAUUCUGUAAUGUCCUUCAACUGAAGUUCGUCUACUGCCUUCAAGAACUGCUCAACUGGUUUCCUGCAAUAAUUUUCUUUUGUAAUAUAAAAACACUUUCAUGAGAAAUCAGCCCUCGCCACUCCCCAACGAUGAUGCAGCGCUGGAUUGAUACCACUUAGAUCCUUUCUCCCACCUCUGAUCGAGAUUCAUCAUCUCGCAUCUUUUCCACCAUCUCCUUCUCAAUCCUUCCAUCCGUAGGUUGGUUUUCUUUGAUGGUAACUACAAAGUUCUAUGUCAGAUUCUGGGCCUAGCCCACACUUUUGGAAUGGUUUAUGUAAUGGGCCUUGCUCUAACACUGUCUCAAAUGGGCCUAUAUCUUUUAUUUAUUUAUUUAUUCAAUAAAAACCAUUUAAAAAAAAAAAACACUUUCACGA